UAUAUAAAAGGCAGGCAGCAAAUUGAAUUCAGAAGGAGACUGUCCUUGUCUUAUAGCCUUUUGGUGCCACAUUGCUGUCACUCUGCAUCUUUGUAGCUGUGUAACACAGAGAUAAAAAUGUCUAAGUCAAGUGUUACUGUGAGACGUAGUGGGUUUAGCAGUUCUUCAUAUACCCCAGGUUCUAAAACUAAGACCGUAUAUAGCCUGGGGUCUUCACCAGGGAGAGGCUUAGGCUCUACACUUGCAGGGUCAGGAAGUUUUAAAGUUAUCAGUUCUGGUGCUGGAAGGCUGGGAAGCUGCUUUGCUGGGCCAGCUGGUGGCUCUGGUGGGUCACUUCUUUUUGACCUUGUUGGGGCUGGAUAUGGUGUGGGUAGCAGUGGUGGUAGUGGUGCUGCUGGCUUUGGCAGUGGCAUUGGACUUGGUGCCGGAUUUGGUGGUGGUGUAGCAUAUCCACCUAUCACUAAUGUAACAGUGGAUAAGAGACUGCUAGCACCCCUGGACCUCGCCAUAGAUCCAAUGAUUGGACAGAUCCGCACUGAAGAGAAGAAUGAGAUCAAAACCCUUAACAAUAAAUUUGCAGGCUUUAUUGAAAAGGUACGUCGUUUGGAACAAACUAACAAAAUGCUGGAGACCAAAUGGGCUUUACUACAGCAACAGCAGCAGGGAGGCCCUGACAGUGCCAACCUUGAUGCCACGUAUCAGUCCUAUAUCCAUAACUUGAGGAGACAGCUGGACAACCUCAAUCAUGACAAAGACAGAUUGAAUUCUGAGCUACACAACAUGGAAAACAUAGUUGAUGAUUUCAAAAAGAAAUACGAAGAUGAAAUUAACAAUCGCACUGCUGCUGAGAAUGAAUUUGUGACAUUAAAGAAAGAUGUUGAUGCUGCUUUUCUGCAGAAAUGUGAACUGGAAGCUAAAUUGAAUGGACUACAGGAUGAAAUUAAUUUCACCAGAGAGUUGCAUAAUGCGGAGCUGGAACAGAUGAACUUGUAUGUUAAAGACAUCACAGCUGUUAUUGAAAUGGACAACAGAAGAGACUUUGACAUGACUGCUAUCACUGAAGUUAUUAAAGCCCAGUAUGAUGACAUGGUUAAGAACAGCAGAGCUGAAGCUGAAGCUUUUUAUCAGUCCAAGUAUGACGAGUUGGUGACCUCUACAAACCGCUGUGGUGAUGACCUCCGUAACACCAAAACAGAGAUACAAGAAAUAAACAGAAACAUCACAAGAGUUAGGAAUGAAAUUGAGAAUAUCAAGCGACAGAACGCCAACUUAGAGACUGCCAUUGCUGAAGCAGAGGAACGUGGUGAGACAGCUGUUAAAGAUGCCAGGCUGAAGCUAGCAGAGUUAGAGGCUGCCCUACAGAAGGCCAAGGAGGACAUGGCCCGUCUGACACGUGACUACCAGGAGCUGAUGAACAUCAAGCUGGCCUUAGAUAUGGAGAUUGCUUGCUACAGGAAACUACUGGAAGGGGAAGAACAGAGGAUUACUGGUGAAGUUACUGGAGACACCAAAGUUUAUGUUCAGCAGACAACGACUUCAAUGUCGGGCAGAGGUGUUGCAGGAGGACUGGUGACGGGGUCUGGUGUGGGAUCGUUGAGCCUUGGAGGCAGUACUGGCAUUGGAAGCUCAGGCCUUGGGUUUGGAAGUAGUGGGAGCUCCAGUGUACUGAGUCUGGGUGGUGGAGCAAGACCUUUUCAGGGUGGGCUUAGCUCUGGUGGCAGUGUUGUUAAAAAGACAGUUGUUAGCAGCAGUAGUAGCCAACGGUCAUUCCGGUAAAGAAACACUCUUCUGUUUAGACAUUGAUACUUUUAUAAAUCAUACUACAACAGUACAAACUGUUAAAUUCAAGCACACUGUUAGACUAUGCUUUCAUAAAAUUUCAGAAACUGACACCAUAUUGUGGAUUGUUUAGCACUGGCUAAUAUGAGUUACACAAAUACACUUGACAUGAAGUACCCAAUAGCUGUGCAAAAUUUCUGCACAUGUAAUGCAUAAGUUCAUCUGUGCCACAAAAAUGCAUUUCUAACUGUAGUAUUCCAACAACUGAUUAUUCAUACUUGCAGUACCAUUUUCUGCAUAAAGCUUUAAAAAAACUGUUCAAAUACUAAUGAUACUUCUGAAAUGUUAUGGAUUCUGUAACAAAGUAGUGCUUGACCACUCUACCUUACCACUAAGUAAUAACAGUGGAAUGGUGCCUAAUUUAGGAAACCCUUUAACCCAAAUUAAGAAAAGUGUUUGAGCAAUGUCCCUCUGAACUUCUCCCUACAUCUGACAGGCCAGAUCAAAGGUGUAUGCAUUACGUUUGCUUAUAGCACUUUUUUCUUUUUUUAUCCCAUUUCUGUUGUAAUACAUAACUAUGCAGAAUUCUGCAUGUUUUUAUUAUGGUUAAAAUGCCCACGAUGUACAUAUUUGUAUUAUGAUAGCUGUAUAUCCCAAAGAUGUAUGUGUCAUUUAACACACAUUAAAAUAUCCUUUUAAAAAUCAGUCUUUACAGAAGUACUUUUUAAAAAAUUCAUACUAAGAUAUGACACAUUCUGAUACUGUCAUUUUUAUUUAUUUUCUGAAAUCCUUACAAGCAUUCUGUACCAUGUUUUACGUUUAACAUUUUCUAAACAUGUCACACUACCAUCUGCUCCACUGUUAAAAUGUUUUUAUGUAUCCAUCCAGAUUUUGUAAUGUAGCUCUAAAGUGGUUCUUAUUUUACAUUAAUUGCAUUGCAAGUGAAGUAGCGCUUUAUACCUUAACACUUGCAUGCUGAUGCCACAGCCGGCCUUAGCACAUGCCAACUAGGCAGCCGCCUAGAGCGCCACUCUAGCAGGGGCACUUUUCCAGCAAUUUGGAUGGUGUAGCUAGACCAGGAUGGGGGAAUAAGGUGGUGUUGGGUGGUGCUGAUGAGACCUUUUGCCUAGGGCACCAGUUGACCAAAGGCCGGUCCUGUCUGAUGCCAUAAUAUGUCCCCUGAAUAUAUUGGUUUUGUUAAUGUUUGUACACUUAUGAAGCAUUCCUCAUACCAAAUGCAUUUGUAUUCUACCAUGUGAGGGUGCAAAACUUAAAAGAUAAUAGAAAUGUAAUAUAUCCCUAUAUGAUGCUUCAAAGUCCACAUUAUUUGUUUCAUAGUUUUAAAUAAUAGAAUAGACAAAGCAGUAAAAGGAUUAACAUUUUACAGGGCUUCAGAAACAUAGAGGAAACCACUGAAAUGUCUCUAUAAAUUAAGACAAAAAUUAUGAAACUGUCCAUUUAUUUUUCAGCAUGAUCCACAUGGUUUUGGAAGAAUGAACAUCUCAGAUUAGUAAUUUGAUACCAUGCAAUGAUAGGAAUGAUGAAUAACUGUUAGUACCAGAUAAAUAUAUUACUUAUUAUGUGCCUACAGAUCCUUUAUAGCAAGUGAUUAAAAACCUGUUAUGAACCAGUGGCAACCAUUUAAAACCUUUCCUCCCUUUCCCCUCUAUGUAUUACCCAAAACUAAGUUAGUAAAUGAGUAGCUAUUUCUAAUUAAGACCAUCCCCAAAGUAUGGAAGUAGCAUACAUUGGAAGUCUGGAACAUUAAUUAAUGCAAUAAGCUGCAGCAAUUCUAAAGAAUGAAUUGACAAACCUCAGAAGAUAUACUUUCUAGUGUUCUAAGUUUCCAUUAAUUUGCUUAUUCAAAAAAUAAGAAAUCAUCUAUAACCACUCAUGCAUAACAGAUAAAAAGAAAAUGAUUCAUCGUUUUCUUAGUAUCUUUUGGUGUGUUAACAUUACAAAGCAUAUGAAGACCCAUUCAUCACAUUCCAGUCUCAGGUCAGCAGCUUAUAUUUAGUUGUUACAAACUGUGUGAAACUUUCAGUUGUCAGGUCAACACAAACCUGUACGUAAUGAAUGUUAUCAUAACUCCUGUUCAGUAGUGAUAUAUCUUGUCAGCAGACAGUAGUCUAAUAACUCCCUGAAUAUACUUAUUAACUAAAAAUAUUUUCAAUAUUGUGUUUGGCUAUGCCUGGAAGGCAAGAGUACCAGGAAGUCCAGUUAAUAAAACCCUUAUUAUUCUGUAUCUGUGUUUGGAGAAGCAGUGGUGCUGUGGUUUAUUGUUAAAUAUAAAUGUUUCAGAAUGUAUUUGUACUGUUUGAUAUAUUAACAACAAUAAAAUGCAAUAAAACUA